UGCACUAUACAAUGUACCAUGCUAAAACGUGUAAUGUACAAUGUACAAUGGAGAUUUUUCGAAACUACCGAUGUCUCUCGCGUCUUUACUACGUGGAAUAAUUCCUUCUCUACAAAACCCUAUGGCUCCGGGGAACAUGAAAUCUGAAUUUGUAGGACUCCAGCGAAACAAGAUCAUCAGUAAAGGUGCCUUGUCACGGAAGGCUCUGGCCAGGAUCGGAGAAAACGUCAACGAAUUGGCCUCAUCCGUUAACAUGGCGAUGGAAGACCUUGGAGCACCGGGUAACGGCACCGUGGACUCCAGCCCAAAAGCCCCGCUAGUCUCGGGCGACGCUGAGCAACACAAACCCGGUGCGGUCACAAAGAACCCCGGACUAACUGUUGAACAAGACCCCGAGUUAUUGGGCGACUGCAAACAAGUCGUAGAAACUCAUGAGGUACAGCAUUUGAAAGCAUUGUCCAUGCUUCAUUUGGACGUCAUUGAACAACAACAACAACAAAUUCAGAGGCUUGAACGAGAACUGCAAAAGGGCCGGGCACAAAACGACACGUUAAAAGCUCGAUUGGAGAGGAUACAAAGGCGGACGGUCUUAGCGCAGAAACAUCAAGAUCCAAUAGUUAAUAAUGUUCACGUAUCGCCACCAGUAUCAUCCACAGAUUCCAAUAACACAUGCAAGAGGAAACAAGUUAUCGAACACACCACCCCGGUUAAACGGCACCAUACCGAGAGAGAAUCCACACCCACCAAAUCCCCAGCCCCAGCCCCGUCCCCAGUCAGUACGCCUACCAGCGCCCGCCGCAGGGGACCCAAACUCCAAACCAAAGACAAAACGAAGGAGGAACGCCCUCUGGAGGUGGGAUCGAAGCUCAAAGAUGUCAAGAAGAAUGGCGAGAUGGCGGAGAAGGAGAGGGGCGGAGUCAAAGGGGAGCAGUACUUAAAGACGGAUGUAAUCUACCCAUGCCUGAGUGACCUGAGGGUGACUGACCCUGACCCAGCCCUACCUGCUGGAACAACAGUAGUUCAAGUUCCGUCCUGGAGAUUGAAUCCCCUAAAUAUAUCCACCAGUACAGACAAUGUCGAGGAUAUCGAAGAUGGAACUUUUGAGCGCAGGCACCAGAAGUACGAAGUGGCCGAGCAGAAGCGCAAGCGCUGGGACAUCCAACGAGUACGGGAACUGAGGGAGCACGAACGGCUGGAGCAGAAGAUGCUACGGCGAGAGUACGGCAACUGGGACGACAUUCUGAAGACGUUCUAUCCAGAGCCAUCUGACGCUUGUCAGCUCCAGGUCUCUGACACUGUACCCCUUGUGGCAUUUGGCGUUCAAGUGCCUGUUGCUAAAGACUGUGAAUUUGAGCUUCCAUGGUAUGACGUCAGCGAAAGAGACAAAGAAGAAACAAGGAGGCAGACCAGGAGUAGGACCAAUCGUAAAUAAGCUUACAUCAGCUUGUCAACCAACAGCCACAGUACACAGCGUGUGAUUGGAGGAUGAAUCUUUAAACAACCACUGCAGCGUCCAAUCAGCACAGGGUACUUCAUGGAUGAUGUGAAUUCACACAACUCCUACCAACUUCCUGUAACUUCAGGAAUCAAAGCUAAGGUUUGGAGAAUUGGCUGUGGGGACCUGGCUUUAUAACGGUAUCACAACAAGAAUAAAUGGCUUUAAAAGGGUUCAAAACCACUCACAGGAAGAAGUUUUAAUGCGUUCUUUUUCAGUACUAAAAGUUAAAUUGUUGUGAUUGUACAUUUAAAGCUAAAUUAGUAGUCCCAGCCUAUUUCUAUACUAUCCGCCCAGGUGAUAGUUGAAAAGCAGGACAAUUCUUUUCAGAACUUAGAAGUCUCAUACAGCCACAACACAAGUCUUUUUACAUGAAACCAGACAUGAUAUUAAAAGGGUCAUGAGUUCGAAUCCCACCUGACAUGCCUGAGUUAUAUGCCUGUGUUUUUUUCACAGAAAUCUGGAAAGUACCGAGUAUACACAGUGUUAAAGACAUUGGUGUAUGUGGGUAAAUCUAAAAUGAAAUGAGCAUGAUACUCUUGUAACGUCCAUUUCGUUUGUCUUCAGAGAAUCUUUAAAAAAGUUCUUAUAAAAUAGCCUGAAAAGUCGAUUUUACACAAAUGGACUGGUAAUGAGGUGUCUCAAGAGACUUCCAUGGGCUCUGAAAAUUGACUUUGAGGCCGAUAACAAGAUGUCUGCUUCUGUUGGGCAGACGAAUCAAAAUGAUACAUUCCAACAUGGAGGCCUUUUUGGAAAGAGUUGUAAAAAGUGUUUAAAAAACUGUUUAAAGAAGUCACAAUGUGUACAUGUAUAAACGUGUUAAAGUAUCUAUGUAAAAUACAAAAACAAUUUUUACUUUUCAGGCCUGAUGCUUCAGUAUUGAAAGGGCAGGGGCACCGAGGUGUUCUUUCCUGUGUAAAUGUCACCUCUUUGUUUUGAGGAAUUUGUACAUCGUUAUUGGAAUAGUUCAAAGGGUCUAUGUAACUUUUGUAGGACAAAAAAACACAAUGUCCACAGAUUUACACUAAACUUACACA